AGGGCAGGAGAAAGAGUCGCGCAGAGAGAGGGAGAGAAGCAGAGAGAGAGGCAGCUGACGAGUGGAGCUCUUUCCCCCUUUGCAGCCUGAGCAUCAAACUUUUUGCAAGUCUAGAGCAUGGGGAGACAACCAAGACCCAUGCCCUUCCUUCUGUUCCUCUUCUGGCUGGGGACCUCUUGGGAGGCGCAUGUGCCCCACCGGGUCAUCCCCUCCAACGCUACCGUUUUCUCUCAUAUCUACACGAUAAAGCUGAAGGGAGAUGGCACCGAGGAUGAGGGAGCCUCCUCUGCACCCCAAGAGGCGCUGGGCCCUCCUGGCUCCUCCAGGGGAGGAGGCCUUUAUGAGCACACACUGGAAGGGCCAGACCAGGAGCAUGUGGUCUUCACUCACCGCAUCAACCUGCCCCAGCAGUCCUGUGGGUGCCCACCUGGUACCGAGGACACCCAGGACCUCUUGAGACGGCUGCAGGCACUAGAGAACGAAGUGCGGUCACUGCGGGACACCUGCCAGGCUGGGGGAGGCUGCUGCCCUGCGACCAGCAGUUCCCAGGCUAGUACAGGCCAGACGGACACCCGCACCUUGUGCUCGAACCAUGGUUCCUUCGACCUCUCCCGCUGCCUGUGCGAAUGCGAGGCAGGCUGGAGUGGCCCCACCUGUGCCGAGCCAACCUGCCCAGGUGGCUGUGGCGGCGCCCAGCGUGGCAAGUGCACAAACGGGCGCUGCCAGUGCCGCCCCGGCUAUUCCGGUGCCCGCUGCGAGGAGCCACCUUCCUGCCCAGACGACUGCAACGACCAAGGGCGCUGCGUGGACGGGCGCUGCACCUGCUUCCCUGGCUACGUUGGACCUUCCUGUGCUGACCCGGCCUGCCCGCAGGACUGCCAAGGUCAUGGCCGAUGUGUGGAUGGGCAGUGCGUGUGUGACCCUGGUUACUCUGGGCCUGACUGCGGGAGCCGGGCCUGCCCCAGCAACUGCAACCGGCGGGGAGAGUGCCACAACGGGCGGUGCCUCUGUGAGCCCGGCUUCACGGGCCCAGCUUGCGGAACCAAGGCCUGCCCAAACGACUGCAGCCAGAGAGGCCGCUGCCUGAAAGGAGCCGUGUGCGCCUGCCACAAGGGGUAUACCGGGCCAGACUGUGGGCAACUGGCAUGUCCAGAGGACUGCAGUGGCCGCGGGGAGUGCCAGAAUGGAGUGUGCCUCUGUCAUGAUGGUUAUUCAGGAGAAGACUGUUCCAUAGAGAUUCCAUCCAUUGGCAUCCAUGUGAAAAAUCGAGAUGAGACGUCCUUCCGCUUGGAGUGGAACCGCCCGGAAGUAUCUGUGGAUGCGUAUGAAAUUCAUGUGAAGCCCACACGGGAUCAGCAGGCAGGUGAAUCAGUACGUCUGUCUGGUACGGAGACAGGCUUUGAACGCAGAGGGCUGAUGCCGGGAGAGGAAUACACUGUCACUGUCCGGGCAGAAAAGGGGCAACGCUACGGACCCCCAGUCACCCAGACCGUGCGUACACGAGUAGCUCCUCCGCGUGGCCUGCAGUCGUCACAGGUGACAGAAAACUCCAUGACCUUGGACUGGGAACCGCCAGCCUCUCGCCCUGAUGGCUACAUCCUGAGCUAUGUGCCCCUGGUUGCCUCUCGGCCUGCCCAGGCCGUGAAGCGUGUGGAACUACCUGCAGCACCUGAACGCGUCACUCUGGAUGAGCUGGAGAGUAGCACCCGAUACCGUAUCACCAUGUUCGCCCGCCAGAGUGGCGAGAACAGCCGAGCCACCAGCAUCAUCGUCAGCACUACUGCACCAGCUCCAAGCCAGCCAGUCCGCCAGUACUCCACACCACCCCCUUCUUCUUCCCACCGAAGGCCUGACUCCUCCUCCUCUGGGCCUGCAGCUGAGCAGCCGGGCAACAGGCCGCAGCCAGGCCGCAGCCCUUCCAACGUCGCCAAAGCUAAGGAGCUUUUCAUGAAGAAAAUGACAGAGAACAUCUCGACCAAGCUCUCCCCGUACAACGGGACCCUCCUCGAGCGUUUGGAGAGCUACCUCCGUGCCAUAAACUUCCCUCUCCAUGGUAACCGGACCAUACAGAGUGUGGCCAGGGACAUAUACAUCUAUCUAAUUCUCCGGAAGCCAGAAGAGGUCAUAGAGAGUUUCAAGGACCGGCUUGAUAGAGAGACUGACGAUUUGCUUCAGAAAACAGAAUCCCCGACUGUGAGAGGAAGUUACUCCCACUCAGACCACCCCAAGCCAGCUGUAGUAGGCAGCUCCUCGGGCAGCAUUGAGGUGUCUCUGGACAGCGUGAGAGGGGUAUCUGACAACGUGGUCAUCCUCUACCGCAAUACGGGGACUGGAGAAGUAAGGGAGCUCGUGGUGCCUGGAGAUUCCUCCAGAGCAGUUAUCACCGGAUUGGACCCUGGCACAACCUACCAUGUGGAAAUCCACGGGGUGCUGAAAGGACGUUCCUCUAAGUCAUACUCCUUUAUAACCGCCACAGCUCCAGGAUCUCCUUCAGCUGCCAAGACCCAAACUUUCCCUAGACUCACCACGCAAAGCCCUGAAGUGCCACUGCGGGACCUGACUGUGACGGACGUCUCUCCGGACAGUCUCCGUGUGACUUGGUUGGCCCCACCCAGUUCCUUCCGCAGCUUUUCCCUUCAGUACAGGGACCCCAAAUCCAGUGCCCCACCAGGGGAAAUCAGAGUACCGGGGACAGAGAGAAGCGUCACCGUGAUGGGUUUGACCCCCAGAACGGAGUACGAACUGGAGUUAAGUGGGGAGAAACUUGAUGGGAGCUACAGUCCUCCUCUAACUACAAAGACAUUCACAGCCCCGGCACCAGCAGUGGAGAAGCCCACUUUGGGGCACAUCUCCGUCUCGGACGUCAAAGAGAACUCUGCCCGCCUGUCCUGGGACGUCCCCACGGGGACCUUUGACUCCUUUUUGAUCCAGUAUAAAGAUGCUGAGGGCAAGCCGAAGAGUCUGCCUGUGGAUGGAGGAUCCCGGGAGGUCACCAUCUAUGACCUAGCGCCUUCCCGGAAGUACAAGUUCAGUCUUUAUGGACUCAUAGGCCGCAAGAGACAUGGCCCUGUUUCCACAGAGAUGGUUACAGGCAAAGUCCCAGCCCCAGAGAAGAAGCCAGAGAGAGAAGUGACAGCUCCACCCGGCCUGGGAGAACUCUCCACCUCAGAUAUCACCAGCAGUUCUGUCCGCCUCUCCUGGAGUGUCCCCUCUGGAAGAUUUGAUUCCUUUCUGGUCCAGUACAAGGAUGCUGAGGGCAGACCCCAAGUGCUGCCCAUGGAGGGGGAUUCCCGCGAAGUCACCAUCCCUAGCCUGGCUCCUUCUCGCAAAUACAGGUUCAAUCUCUACGGCAUCUCCGGUCGCAAGCGUCUCGGCCCAGCCACGGCAGAUGUCACCACAGCAUCACGGGACGAAGAGCCUGUACCUGAGCCUGAGCCAGAACCUGUCCUUGGUGACUUCUCCAUCUCAGAUGCCACCAGCAACUCUGUCCGUCUCACAUGGAAUGUCCCCACUGGCAGCUUUGACUCCUUCUUUCUCCAGUACAAGGACUCCGAGGGCAUUGACCAAGCCCUGACCAUAGACCGAAAUUCCCGCGAGGCCACUGUUCCUAAUUUGGUUCCUUCCCAAAGAUACACAUUCUUCCUCUAUGGAAUCUCUGGGCCCCAGCGUCUUGGACCUGUCUCAGUUGAUGCCACCACAGCCCCACUACCAACAACGCCUGCUCCUCAGCCCAGCUUGGGAGAGCUCUCGGUCUCGGAUGUCACCACCGACUCUGUCCGUCUCUCCUGGACUGUCCCCACUGGGAGCUUUGACUCCUUCCUGGUCCAGUACAAGGAUGCAGAGGGGAAGCCUCAGGCCCUUCCAGUGGACGGAGGUUCCCGCGAGGUUACCGUCUCCAGCCUCGUGCCCUCCCGAAGAUACAAGUUCAAUCUUUAUGGGCUCUCUGGUCGCAAGCGUCUGGGUCCAGUUUCUACUGACACAGUCACAGCAUCACUUCCAAAGGAACCCUCAAUUGCUCCCAGCCUGGGGGAGCUCUCUGCUUCUGAUGCCACCAGCAGUUCCGUCCGUCUCUCCUGGACUGUCCCCACGGGGAACUUUGACUCUUUCCUGAUCCAGUACAAGGACGCUGAGGGCAAACCUCAGGCGAUUCCGGUGGAGGGAGUUUUCCGCGAGACCAUCGUCCCCAAUCUGGUUCCUUCCCGCAGAUACAAGUUCAACCUUUAUGGACUCACUGGCCGCAAACGCCUUGGCCCCAUCUCCACAGAUGCCACCACAGCAUCAUCACAGGAACAGCCAACUCCUCCCAGCCUGGGGGAGCUCUCUGCUUCUGAUGCCACCAGCAAUUCUGUCCGUCUCUCCUGGACUGUCCCCACGGGGAACUUUGACUCUUUCCUGAUCCAGUACAAGGACGCUGAGGGCAAACCUCAGGCAAUCCCAGUGGAGGGAGUUUUCCGUGAGACCAUCGUCCCCAAUCUGGUUCCUUCCCGCAGAUACAAAUUCAACCUUUACGGACUCACUGGCCGCAAGCGCCACGGCCCCAUCUCCACAGAUGCCACCACAGCUGCUGUAGGAACGCCACCAAAGGCCACCACGGAAAAGGUCACCGUCGUUCAGCUCACCCUGGACCAGCUGUCUGUUUCUGACAUCACCAGUGACUCGGCCCGUCUCUCCUGGACUGUCCCAACUGGGAAUUUUGACUCCUUUCUAGUGGAGUAUGAAGAUGCAGAUGGGAGGCCACAGGCGUUACCCGUGGAUGGGGCUUCCCGCACGCUCACUGUCCCCAACCUGGAGCCCUCCCACAGAUACACGUUUAACCUCUACGGACUUUACCGCGGCAAGCGCUAUGGCCCCCUGCCAGUGGAGGCUGUCACAGCUGCUGUAGGAAGGCCACCAAAGGCGACCACGGAAAAGGUCACCGUCGUUCAGCUCACCCUGGACCAGCUGUCCGUUUCUGACAUCACCAGUGACUCGGCCCAUCUCUCCUGGACCGUCCCAACUGGGAAUUUUGACUCCUUUCUAGUGGAGUAUGAAGAUGCAGAUGGGAGGCCGCAGGCGUUACCCGUGGAUGGGGCUUCCCGCACGCUCACAGUCCCCAACCUGGAGCCCUCCCACAGAUACACGUUUAACUUCUAUGGACUUUACCGCGGCAAGCGCUAUGGCCCCCUGCCAGUGGAGGCUGUCACAGCUGCUGUAGGAACACCACCAAAGGCGACCACGGAAAAGGUCACCGUCGUUCAGCUCACCCUGGACCAGCUGUCUGUUUCUGACAUCACCAGUGACUCGGCCCGUCUCUCCUGGACCGUCCCAACUGGGAAUUUUGACUCCUUUCUAGUGGAGUACGAGGAUGCAGAUGGGAGGCCACAGGCGUUACCCGUGGAUGGGGCUUCCCGCACGCUCACUGUCCCCAACCUGGAGUCCUCCCACAGAUACACGUUUAACCUCUACGGACUUUACCGCGGCAAGCGCUAUGGCCCCCUGCCAGUGGAGGCUGUCACAGCUGCUGUAGGAACACCACCAAAGGCGACCACGGAAAAGGUCACCGUCGUUCAGCUCACCCUGGACCAGCUGUCUGUUUCUGACAUCACCAGUGACUCGGCCCGUCUCUCCUGGACCGUCCCAACUGGGAAUUUUGACUCCUUCCUAGUGGAGUACGAGGAUGCAGAUGGGAGGCCACAGGCGUUACCCGUGGAUGGGGCUUCCCGCACGCUCACUGUCCCCAACCUGAAGCCCUCCCACAGAUACACAUUUAACCUCUACGGACUUUACCGCGGCAAGCGCUAUGGCCCCCUGCCAGUGGAGGCUGUCACAGCUGCUGUAGGAACACCACCAAAGGUGACCACGGAAAAGGUCACCGUCGUUCAGCUCACCCUGGACCAGCUGUCUGUUUCUGACAUCACCAGUGACUCGGCCCGUCUCUCCUGGACCGUCCCAACUGGGAAUUUUGACUCCUUCCUAGUGGAGUACAAAGAUGCAGAUGGGAGGCCGCAGGCGUUACCCGUGGAUGGGGCUUCCCGCACGCUCACUGUCCCCAACCUGGAGCCCUCCCACAGAUACACGUUUAACCUCUACGGACUUUACCGCGGCAAGCGCUAUGGCCCCCUGCCAGUGGAGGCUGUCACAGCCUCAGCAGUGCCGCCGCCGCCACCACAACCCACCCUAGGUGAACUCUCAGCCGUUGAUGUUUCUAGUGAUUCUCUCCGCCUCUCCUGGACAGUUCCCACCGGGAACUUUGACUCUUUCCUGGUCCAAUACAAGGAUGCGGAGGGGAAGCCUCAGGCCCUUCCAGUGGACGGAGGUUCCCGCGAGAUCACCAUUUCUAGCCUCCUGCCUUCCCGUAGAUACAAGUUCAAUCUUUUUGGGAUCUCUGGUCGCAAGCGGAUUGGCCCCAUUUCCACUAGUGCAGUCACAGAUCAACUGAUGGUGAAGCCCACUCCACCACUCAAGCUCGGAGAGCUGACAGCUGGCAAUCCCAUGCCAAACUCCCUUGACCUCUCCUGGACUGUGGAGGCAGGGGACUUUGAUUCUUUCAUCAUCCAAUACCAAGAUGCUCAGGGCAAACCCCAGGUUCUCCCUGUUGACGGGCGCCUCCGCUCUCUCCACCUCCACGACUUGGCACCGUCCCACAGAUACCAGAUCAACCUCUAUGGCGUCUUGGGCCGAAAGCGUCUGGGCCCCAUCUCCACCGAAGCAGAGACAGCCCCACUACCAACAACACCUGCUCCUCAGCCCAGCUUGGGAGAGCUCUCGGUCUCGGACGUCACCACCGACUCUGUCCGUCUCUCCUGGACUGUCCCCACUGGGAGCUUUGACUCCUUCCUGGUCCAGUACAAGGAUGCGGAGGGGAAGCCUCAGGCCCUUCCAGUGGACGGAGGUUCCCGCGAGGUCACCGUCUCCAGCCUCGUGCCCUCCCGAAGAUACAAGUUCAAUCUUUAUGGGCUCUCUGGUCGCAAGCGUCUGGGUCCAGUUUCUACUGACACAGUCACAGCUGUACUACCAACAACGCCAGCUCCUCAGCCCAGCUUGGGAGAGCUCUCGGCCUUGGAUAUCACCACUGAUUCCAUCCGUCUCUCCUGGACUGUCCCCACGGGGAACUUUGACUCUUUUCUGAUCCAGUACAAGGACGCUGAGGGAAAACCUCAGGCGAUUCCAGUGGAGGGAGUUUUCCGUGAGACCACCGUCCCCAAUCUGGUUCCUUCCCGCAGAUACAAGUUCAACCUUUAUGGACUCACUGGCCGCAAGCGCCAUGGCCCCAUCUCCACAGAUGCCACCACAGUUGCAGAAUUGCUGGCUGCACCAACCUUGGGAGAACUCUCUGUCUCUGAUGUCACCAGUGAGUCUGCCCGCCUCUCCUGGACUGUUCUAGCCGGGAGAUUUGACUCCUUCUUAGUCCAGUACAAGGAUGCUGAAGGCAAACCCCAGCAGCUGCCCUUGGAUGGAGCCACCUAUGAGACCACCAUCUCUGGCCUGUCUCCUGCCCGGCGAUACAAGUUCAACCUCUACGGGAUCGUAGGGCGCAAACGCCUUGGCCCUGUCUCUGCCGACACGGUCACAGCAGCUGCAGUGUCUGGCGAAGGCCCAGCGAAGCCCAGCCUAGAAGAGCUCUCUGUCUCAGAGGUCACCAGCAACUCCGCUCUUCUCUCCUGGACUGUCCCCACUGGGGACUUCGACUCCUUCCUGAUCCAGUACAAGGAUGCAGAGGGCAAACCCCAGGCGCUGACCGUGGAGGGAGUUGCUCGGGAGGUCACUGUCUCCAACCUGGUUCCUUUCCACAGAUACAAGUUCAAUCUCUACGGGGUCGUUGGCCGCAGGCGCCUUGGCCCUAUUUCCUCUGAAGCCACCACAGCUGAAGCCGAGGAGGACAACAAGGAGGGAGAAGAAGACGAAGAUGAUGGAGAGAGUGAGCCUAGCUUGGGACAGCUCUCAGUCUCAGAAGCUAACAGCAAUUCAAUCCGUCUAUCCUGGAGUGUCCCAACUGGGAAUUUUGACUCCUUCCUUGUUCAGUACGAAGAUGGAGAGGACGAGCUGCAGACCUUGCCUGUGGACGGUGCUUCCCGUGAGGUCACUGUCUCUAACCUGUCUCCUUCCCAGCGAUACCGAUUUGACCUUUAUGGACUCUCUGGUGGCGAGCGGCUUGGCCACGUAUCCAUUGAUGCCUCCACAGCUCCGUUGACACCAGUGACAGAGAGGGGGGAAAGAGGAACUCCCCCUCCAGGGUCUGACUUUGGGCAGCUCUCUGCUUCUGAUGUCACCAGCGAUUCUGUCCGCCUCUCUUGGGAUGUCCCCUCUGGGAUCUUUGACUCCUUCCUGAUCCAGUACAAGGAUGCUGACAAUAAACCACAGGCACUGCCUGUAGAUAAGGAGACCAACUCUGUGGUGAUUUACUACUUGGUGCCUUCCUACAGAUAUAAGUUCAACCUCUUUGGCUUGUCUGGACGGAGGCGCUUUGGCCCAAUCUCAGUCAUUGUUGUCACAGCAACACAGCUAAAGAGAGACGAGGUGGAUGCAGAGGACUCUACCGGAAGGGAACCCCGCUUGGGACAGCUCUCAGUCUCAGAAGUCACCAGCAACGCUGCCCGUCUCUCAUGGAGCGUCCCCAAAGGAAGCUUUGAUUCUUUCUCUGUCCAGUACAGAGACGCAGAGGGAAAGCCACAGGCGCUUCCUGUAGGAGGGGGCUCCCGUGAGGUCAUUGUCUCCAACCUGGUCCCCUCUCACAAAUACAACUUCAAUCUCUAUGGUAUCUCUGGAAACCAGCGUUUUGGACCCAUAUCUGCCACUGCUGAGAUGACAGCCACAGAUCCUGACGUGCAAGCGGUGGAAGGAAAGGUGGAACCUCGCCUGGGACAGCUCUCGGUCUCGGAGGUCACCAGUAACACUGCCCGUCUUUCAUGGAGCGUCCCCGAAGGAAGCUUUGAUUCUUUCUCUGUCCAGUACAAGGACGCUGAUGGAAGACCCCAGGCACUUCCUGUAGGAGGGGGUUCCCGCGAGGUCAUUGUCUCCAACCUGGUCCCCUUUCACAAAUACAGGUUCAAUCUCUAUGGCAUCUAUGGAAACCAGCGUUUUGGACCCAACUCUGCCAAUGCUGUGACAGCAGCUCCAGAAACAACUCCGCCAGGUGAGGAGAAGAGGCCCGAAGAAGCCGCAGGCCAAAGAGUUCAGCCCAGCCUUGGAGACGCCACAGUCUCUGAGGUCACCCCAGACUCUCUUCUCCUCUCCUGGAACAUCCAGGAAGGUAGCUUUGACUCUUUCCUCAUCCAGUACAAGGAUGCUGCAGGGAAGCUCCAGGUGUUACCUGUGGAUGGCACCAUGCGCUCCCUCCACCUCUACAACCUCGUGCCGUCGCAGAGAUACAAAUUCAACAUCUUCGGAGUCUCUGGCUCUAAGCGCCUUGGGCCUGUCUCGACUGAUGCUGUCACAGCCCCAGAACCAGCAACAAGUGAGGAAACUCAGCCCAGGCUCGGAGAUCUCUCUGUGUCCAAGACCACCAGCGACUCAGUCAGCCUCUCUUGGAGCGUCCCUGCAGGCAACUUCGACUCUUUCCUUGUCCAGUACAAAGACAGAGAGGGCAAGCCCCAGGUGCUGCCCCUAAACGGUGAUUCCCGUAACGUCACCGUCCCCAACCUGGCUCCUUCUCACCGAUAUAAGUUCAACCUUUAUGGCAUUUACGGACACAAGCGUCUCGGUCCCAUUUCCACAGAUGCUGUCACAGGUACCCAGCCUGGGGCCCUGACUCAGCUGAAGUUCGGAGAAUUGUCAGCCCGAGACAUCACCCCAGAAUCAGUCCUCCUCUCCUGGACUGUGGAGACUGGGAAUUUCGACUCUUUUAUCAUCCAGUACCGGGAUGCGGAUGGCAAUCCCCACGCUUUGCCUGUGGAUGGUGGCCUGCGCUCGCUGCGGCUUCAUGAUCUGGUCCCCUCCCACAAAUACAGGUUCAACCUCUACGGCGUCUCUGGCCGCAAACGUCUCGGGCCCAUCUCUACAGAGGCCACCACAGCCGUUUCAGAACAGCCAGCCCCUCCCAAGCCCACUCUGGGGGAGCUCUCAGCCUCUGACAUCACCAGCACAACUGUCCGUCUGUCUUGGAGUGUCCGGUCCGGGGAUUUUGACUCUUUCAUCAUUCAGUACCGAGAUGCGGAGGGCAAAGCUCAGGCACUGCCUGUGGACAGAGACUCCCGCGAUGUCAUAGUCUCCGGCUUGGUGCCCUCCCGUAAAUAUAAGUUCAACCUAUUUGGCAUCUCCGGACGGAAGCGUCUUGGACCCAUUUCCACUGAAGCAGCAACAGCCCCAAUUGUGAAAACAGAGGUCCAGCCCACACUGGGCGAUCUUUCCAUUUCCGAGGUCACUCAGGACUCUGUCCGCCUCUCGUGGACCAUCUCUGCUGGGAAAUUCGACUCCUUCCUCAUCCAGUACAAGGACGCUGACGGAAAGCUCCAGGCAGUACCCGUCGAUGCUGAUUCCCGCACAGUCGUCAUCAAGGACCUGACCACUUCCCACAGAUACAAGUUCAACCUCUAUGGCAUCUCUGGCAGGAAGUGGCACGGGCCCAUCUCUAUAGAUGCUGUCACAGCUUUCCCAGAGGCCAACGAACGGGCCUUCCUUGAAAACUUGGUUGUCUCUGAGGUGACACCCACUACGCUGCAGCUCACAUGGGAAGUUCCCAAAGGAGAGUUUGAUUUCUUUCUGGUCCAGCGCAAGAACUCUGUUCCAGAUAGUGAAAUGGGUCCCACACCGACCAAGAAAAUCAAUGUGACCGGGGAUGACCGCUCUGUCAUGUUUCGGGGCCUUUCACCCAACACUGAGUACAGCCUUACUGUCUAUGGCAUCCAGGACGGGUCAGAAGCGGCCAGCAUCAACACAGUGGCAACGACAAGUGGGACAGAGCUGGAUAGCCCCCGGGACCUGCUCUUCAGUGACAUCCACGAGACCUCUGUGGUGGCGAACUGGAGGUCACCGUCAUCUCGUGUUGAUGGUUAUAAAGUUUCCUUCCAGCCCUCAGAUGGAGGAGAGCCAAGGAGCAUCUCUGUGGAUGGAUCCAAGCUCCGAACAACCAUUGAGGGCCUGACCCCCGGGGCCAGCUAUGAGGUCACUGUGAUGUCUGUUCGUGGGUUCGAAGAAAGCGAGCCCUUGGUGGGUUAUGUCACCACAGUUCCGGAUGGUCCUUCGAACUUGCGUGCCAUCGACGUAACCGAUUCGUCAGCUGUGCUUACGUGGCAACCUGCUGUGGCUCAGAUGAACAACUACAUUGUCACCUACGGGCCUGCCGGUGGUGCAAGGGCCUCUGAGUCAGUGCCAGGGAACCGGGCUGAAUUGCAGUUGUCAGGGCUGCACCUGGACACAGAAUAUCGGGCCAGCGUGUAUGGGGAGAAAGGAGGGAACCGCAGUUCUCCCGCCAGCGCCACUUUCACCACCGGACCAGAUGGACCCCGGGAUCUGCAGGCUAGUGAAAUAUCACCCCGCAGUGCUCGUCUCACUUGGUUGCCACCCCGUGCCCCACCUGGUGGAUAUCUGCUAACCUAUGAAACCCCGUCUGGACGAUCAAAGGAGAUCACCGUGGACGCUUCUGUCACCUCAUAUGAACUCCAAGACCUGAUUCCUUCCAGUCUGUACCAGGUUCAAGUCCAGGCACUGAGAAGAGGCACUCCUACAGCCCCAACUGCCACGUCCUUCACCACCGGACACCUGAGAUACCCCUUCCCUCGGGAUUGCGCAGAGGAGAGCCAGAAUGGGCCAGGAACCUCGAGAGUGAGGACGAUUUAUCUUGGGGGCAACCAGGACCGCCCCUUGCAGGUGUACUGCGACAUGGAGACUGACGGAGGAGGCUGGAUAGUCUUCCAACGUCGGAUGAACGGCGAGACCAAUUUCUGGCGCAACUGGCAGGAAUACGCCACCGGCUUCGGCAACCUCACCCGGGAGUUCUGGCUUGGGAACGAUGCUCUGCACCAGCUGACGACAUCAGGGGACUACGAGCUGCGCGUGGACCUGCGGGCUGGGAACGAAUCUGUCUAUGCAACCUAUCAGAAUUUCCGCGUGGAUCCCCCUGCUGAUCAUUACCGCCUGCACCUGGGCAGUUACAGCGGCACUGCUGGCGACGCUUUCACCUACCACUCGGGCAGCGUCUUCUCCACCAAGGACCGCGACCCCAACCGAGUCAUCAUCCCCUGCGCUGUCUCUUACCGUGGCGCAUGGUGGUACCGCAACUGCCACUACGCCAACCUCAACGGGCUCUACGCGAACAACCGCGACCACCAGGGCAUCAACUGGUUUAACUGGAAAGGAUUCGAGUUUUCCAUCCCUUUCACAGAGAUGAAAAUGCGACCCCGCGGCUUCCGGCCUCUGCGUCGGGUGUGAGCAAAGGGAAGGAGGCUGCAGGACUGACUAAGGGGGAGAACAGAGGAGGAGGAAAGAGAAGCAGCAGCAGCAGCAGCAACCACCCCUCUGCAAUGGGAUACCUCGCACCCUGCCGCAAAUUCCCCCGAGAAAAAGGAAGGAGCAAAACAAAGGGAAUGGACAAUUUUUUCAAAAGCACCUUGUAGUAUUCAUUUCCUCCCCCCAUCUCCUGCUGACCAGCCACAAGAUGAGAGAGAUGCGAUGCACGUGAUAGUGGAAGGGGCAGAGCUAAGGGGAUGGAAUGGUUUCGUUUGGAGCAUGUUGCAGGAUAGCUGUUGCCUGGUCAGCAACUAGAUUUUUCCUGGAGAGUCACUGAUAACAAAGGAGCAAGGGCAGAUUGGCCAGCGUCCCAAUCCCCAACAUGGACUGUUGCCACAGAAGCCAUUUUCUCCUCUUAAGAUGCUUCUAAGAUAGCCAACUGGCUGGGCCAAGUUGCAUCCCUGAAAGGGAUGGGUUUUGGCCCACGAUCUUGUAGUUGCUGACCCCUCCCUCUAGCCCUAUCCUCUGUCUGGCUUCCUGCUCCCACAGAUCUGUCUCCAGUCAAGUUUCCCUUUCUUCAGCUUCCCUCCGAGUUCUCCUCCUCCCUCUCCCCCAAAUCCUUUCCAGAAAGGAGGUAAACUCGUAAACACAGUCGCUGAAAGCAGGUUAACAUUAAAAGCACUUUUUUUAUUUCUGGCAUUUCUUUUACCCCUCCUGGGAAUCUUAUAAACUGAAGCCAGCUGCUCCCCAUCCACGCAAAAGCUUUUGCCUCUCUCGUGUUCCCCCUCCCCAAACAACUCGCCAUUGCAAAGAAGAGACAGAAAGAGAAGAACAGGUGAACUGGAAUGAGCUGGCAGCUUAAAAGAUCACAGAACGAAAAGAGAGCUGAAUGAUGUGGGCUGAAAAGACCCCCCGAGAUGAAAACUGGGAGAGAUGCAAAUUGAUAACAGUAAGAUCGAUUUAAGCUGGCAAGCAAUGGUGAUUUUACUGUCUGUCUUUGUAAGGGAGGAUUGGCUGACUUCCACCUGGGGUCAGGAAUGUACCACUUCAGGCUGCAGGUGAGGGUGCAAAUGGCUGAAUUCCCCUAUCUAUCUCAACCCUGCAUGUAGAAAACUAGCAUGUGAGAGAGAAGGCUCCUGCCAUGUUAGUUUUCUACAUGCGGGAAGAAAUUUGAAACUGUCUGCCAUGUGAACCCCUACCUGCUGUCUGAAUUGGUACAGCCCAGACACAGGUGUGAAAGCUCAGUGAGAAUGAGGCCAGUGUUGCGGUCAUCUAGCAGAGUGCUUUACAAAUAAUAAGUGUUUUUAUCGCCAUGGGCUUCACAGCUGUUGGCUUAGCCUGACCUACCAAAUUGUAAUACCCCUCCCCACUCCCUCACUAUAUUUAAGGAUCU